CCGGGAGAACCUGCAAACGUAGCUACUUUCGCCGCCUUGCAUUGCAUGCUCGAUCAGCAAGAAAACAAGAAGAAGAAGAAAAAAAAACUAUUAGCUUGUGGCAGUCUUGCAGCACCAGCAAACGACGGCAUUUUUUUUUUUUGAUUGGAUUCUACAGUGCAGCGUCAGGAGAAAGCACUAGCUCGAGUAAUGGGCGCCACGUUCAAGUGCUUUCGAGGGUGCGUUGAGCCAGACGAUCAACAAGUGCACGACCCGGCCAAGUCGAUGGUGGCGCCGUCGUCGUCGAGCUUCGACUUCCGGGAGGAGUACACGAGCGCGUUCCGCACCGAGUCGUACAACGACUUCUGGGCGCGCGUCCUGGACAUCACGCUCGCGCACGGCGCCGGCCUGGUGCCGCGCCCCGGCGGCGGCGGCGCCGGCGGUGGCACGGCGUCCAAGCGCCUCCCCUCCUACCGCGUCUUCGCCGAGCACCUGCUCGAGCCGGACCAGCGCGCGGUCGCCGUGGCGCUCGCGUCGGCGCGCGGGAGCCGGCUCCGCCCCGACGUCCGCGGCCUCCUCGCCGCCUACUACGCCGAGACGGCGAACGCCUCCUACCUGUGCAGCCACCUGCUCAGGGACAUCGAGCAGAUACGCCUCCGGUACCGCCCGCUCAAGCAGACGCUCCGCAAGCUGGCGUCCGACGUCGGCGUGUCCGGCCUCGCCGACGUCUCGGCGGCGCUCGGCCAGCCGUUCACCGCGCUGGCGGCGUCGCAGGGGAGGCUCCGGGAGGUGCAGCGCGGCUCGGCGGAGCUGCUCAAGAGCCUCGACGCCGGCAGGAAGAAGGCGCGGCUGAGGAUCAAGAGCAUCGCGCGGCUGAGGCAGGCGCUCUCGGCGUCCUUCCUCACGGUCGUCGCCGUCGUGGCCGUCGUCGGCGCCUGCAUCGGCGUGCACAUCCUGGCGGCGUUCGCGGCGUUCCCGAUGAUGUCGCCGGCGUGGCUGGGGCGGUUCCUCUCCGGCCGGGCGGCGCGGCGUGCCCUGGUGCAGCUGGAGGCCGCGGCCAAGGGCACGUACAUACUCAACCGGGACAUGGACACGAUAAGCCGGCUGGUGGCGCGGGUGCGCGACGAGGGGGAGCACAUGCUGGCGCUGCUGCAGCUGUGCGUGGAGCACCGCGGCGCGGCGGCCGGCGGCAAGGGGAGGCUGGUGCAGGAGGUGCUGAGGCAGCUGAGCAAGAACGAGGAGAGCUUCAGGCAGCAGCUGGACGACCUCGAGGAGCACCUCUUCCUGUGCUUCAUGACCAUCAACAAAGCCAGGAUCAUGGUGAUGAACUUCUUAGCUGCUGCAAGGUAGAGCUCGGGAUGAACAGGAAGAAGAUAACACAUUUUAGUCUUUGCACACAACAACAUUAGUUUUCUUUUCCUUAGUACAGAAAAAUGAUAAAAAGAUAUCAUUUGGCCUUUCUGGUUUUGCUUUAUUCUUUUUGUACAUAUAUACACACUGCUUGUUGCAGCAUUAUAGGCAAGAACCUGAAUGGUCUUUUGUGUAUCAA